CGCCAAAAACGAAACCCUAGCAGUGACUCCGAGCGCCUAUAUAUAACCUCUAUCUUCCACCUUCCUCGUCCACUCCUCACCUCGUCGGCCUCCUCAAACCCUAACUCUGUCGCCGUGGGAGGGCGAAAAUGGCGGUGCCUUUGCUGUCAAAGAGGAUCGUCAAGAAGCGGGUCAAGCAGUUCAAGAGGCCCCAGAGCGACCGCAAGAUCUCUGUCAAGACAAACUGGCGUCGGCCCAAAGGUAUUGAUUCCCGAGUAAGAAGAAAAUUCAAGGGAUGUACUUUGAUGCCAAAUAUCGGUUACGGAUCGGACAAGAAGACCCGCCAUUAUCUUCCUAAUGGUUUCAAGAAAUUUGUUGUGCACAAUGCGAAGGAGCUUGAAUUAUUAAUGAUGCAUAACAGGACGUAUUGUGCGGAGAUUGCUCACAAUGUCUCCACAAGAAAGAGGAAGGAGAUUGUCGAACGAGCUGCACAGCUUGAUGUCGUGGUUACGAACAAGUUGGCUAGGGUGCGCAGCCAAGAGGAUGAGUAGAUUUAGAGUCUCGAUUGUGUUGGAAUUAUCCAGAAGGAGAACGAUCAAUUUGUUUUGCGGCUUUUGCCUUGGUUCUCCGCUAGACUGCAGAGUAAUUUUUGUUCUUUUUACAUGUAACAAUGUACCUGGAUAAUGGGUUCCUAAUUGAGUGCCAUUGCUAUAAGUAUGGCUUUCUUGAAGAUCAAGUUGCAGGAGUUGUAUA